AACAUCCCACUCGAAACGUAAAACGUCACGGCAGCCACGAGCGUAUAUAUGAAAUAGCUUUUUCACGUAAUGAUGCAAGUCAGUUACAUUCAUCAUGCGAAAGUGUUUAACAUAUGUGCUUUGCCUAUCGGUGGUAACCUUGAGUUACUCGGAGGUGCAAGCGACCAAAAAUGACUCGUACUUCGUGAUUCCGGAAGGUUUAAAGAUCGGUGUCGGGACAUCGUCCUACCAAGUCGAAGGAGGCUGGAACGCUAGCGAUAAGGGUGAAAAUGUCUGGGAUCGACUCGUUCACAGCAAACCAUGGAUGAUUUUGGAUGAAACCGACGGUGACUUGGCCGCCGAUUCGUAUAAUAAAUACAAAGAGGACGUGCAUUGGGUAAAGCGAAUGAAGUUCGAUCAUUAUCGAAUCUCGCUCAGUUGGGCUCGCAUACUGCCAACGGGAUUAUCAAAUUCAGUAAGUAGGGAGGGUCUUCGAUAUUAUCACAAUUUGAUCGACGAACUUUUGGCCAACAACAUCGAACCUCUGGUGACGAUAUAUCACUGGGACCAUCCGCAAGUUCUCGAGGACAUGGGAGGAUGGACGAACCACAUGAUGGUGAAAUUCUAUCUCGAAUACGCGAACGUAGUUUUCCGAGAAUUCGGAGAUAAAGUGAAAGUCUUCACGACUUUGAACGAACUUCAAUUAUUCUGUCUCAGCGGAUACGGGAUCGGCGAGAUCGCCCCGGGUAAACCGUUAAAUAUAACUGGAGCUUACUUGUGCGGUCACAACGCUCUGAAAGCACACGCGGAAGCUUACCAUUUGUACAACAGGGAAUACCGUUCGAAACAAAACGGCCGAGUGGGCAUAGUGUCGCACUGUGCCUCGUAUCUGCCCAAAACUCCGAACGAUACUUUGGCCGCUGAAAUAGCCUUCGAGUUCAGUUGCGGCUGGAUAUCGCACCCGAUUUACAUCGGUGAUUAUCCAAAACUUAUGAAGGACAAGGUCGCGCAGUUUAGCAAAGACGCUGGUUUCACCGAAUCGCAACUACCGGUAUUUUCACCAGCGGAAAUAGCGCGAAUCAAAGGUACUUCGGAUUAUUUUGGCAUGAACCAUUACACCUCGUUCUUGGUGGAACAAGUUCCGGAUUCUGAGUCUAACUUAUUGCUUCGUGACUCGGGAAUAAAGCAAAGCUAUGAUCCCAGCUGGGAGAUAACUGGCAUGGACUGGCUUAACAUCGUACCCCACGGAUUCGGUUAUAUGCUGCGGAAGAUCAAAGCCAAGUAUAACAACCCACCUGUGUACGUCACGGAAAACGGAUCGGCCGACAAUCAGAUAAUGGACGACCAUCAGCGUAUAAAGUACCAUUUCCUCUAUUUGAGAGAACUUCUUUCGGCAGUGUACAGAGAUAAUUGCAACGUCCAAAAAUACACUGCCUGGAGUUUGGUAGAUUGUUUCGAAUGGUCCACCGGCUACGCGGCCGGAUUCGGACUUCUAGCCCUCAAUAUGUCCAGCCCCGCUCGCGAAAGGAUUCCUAAAUUGUCUGCUUCUUGGUUCGAAACUGUCAUGGGGACUCGAAAACUUCAACCACCUUUCAAUUCGACUCUUCAGAAAUGAGAUUGUUUGAUUCUCAGCACAAUGUAUGACCGUCGUAUCGAGCAUAUUAAAAAAGUUGAUAAUCGAAUAACCAAA